AUGACCAGCUCAACUGCUUCCUCUGGCAAGUCCGACUGGCUUUCUAUGGAUCAACUCCGUUCUGCAGAGCUCCUUUGUCGGCGUGUUAUUGAGCGUGAUCUGGAAAUCAGCUCAUCGGAGUGCUCAUUGGCUGAGGCGCAAUCGGUUUGUGCGGUUUCUUUUGACCUCCAUUUAACUCUGCUCCGCCACUUACAGUGUCUCUUUUAG